CAAAACACCAACUGUGUCUGAUAGUUCUACAGCUUCUUUUUUGUCCAUAAAUUUAAGAGAUGAGAAGAAAUAGCAGAGUUUCUUAUGAAAGUUAUGGAAGGAUGGAGUAAUUCUUAAAAAUCGACAUUUAUGAUUAGAAAAUUACCCAGAAUGAUGAUCACAUUCAAUAUAUUUUCACGUUUCUUCCUUUUUCUUAAAGUACCAAAAAUAAUCUCUUUGACUGAGAGUCUGGAGGGGGAUAUCCAAUAGUGUACAUCUACCGGAAGCUGAGCAGCGCAGAGGCGAUAUGUAUGCUAGCUUUAGCAUUUUGUUAGCGUUACGGUCUGAGCGAUAAAACAAGCCUCGUUGUGUACAAGAUGGCAGAAGCAGACGUGGACGAGCUCUCCCAGCUGGAGUUUUUAUCUUUGGUGUCCAAAGUGUGCACUGAGCUCGAUAACCAUCUCGGAAUAAGCGACAAAGAUUUAGCCGAGUUUGUCAUUAGCCUAGCGGAGAAGCAACCGACGUUUGACGGGUUUAAGGCUGUUUUGCUGGAAAAUGGAGCGGAGUUCACAGAUUCCCUCAUUAGCAACUUGCUUAGGCUGAUUCAGACCAUGAGACCGCCUUCAAAAGCAUCUUCAAGUACAGCAACGAGUGACGUUUUGAAGCCCAAGUCGGAAAAGGAGAAGCUGAAGGAGAUGUUCCCUGCGCUGUGCAGAGCAAAUGAUCCAGCGCCGAAGCUUCUGGACGAGGAGGACGUGAAGGUGGCGGCCGACGCCAUGAAGGAGCUGGAGAUGUUCAUGCCCAGCGUGAGCGGCACCGACUCCAAAAGCGACAAGAGCCGCUCGGAGAAGAGCCGACGCCGCAGCCGGAGUAGGAGCAGGGAACGGCACAGGCACCGCGAUAGGGACCGAGAUAGGGACCGCAAGAGGCGGCGUCAUUCCCGAUCCCGCUCCAGGUCUCGCUCCAGAGACCGCGACCGUCACAGGGACCGCGAUUGCUCCAGGAGGAGGGACAGACCUUCCCGCUGGAGCGAACGCUCACCGAGCCCAAGGAAAGAUCAAAACAGAGACUGGAAGGACAAACAUGUGGACCGCCCCCCUCCUGAGGAGCCCUCUGUUGGUGACAUCUACAAUGGCAAAGUGACCAGCAUCAUGCAGUUUGGAUGCUUUGUGCAGCUGGAGGGGCUAAGGAAACGUUGGGAAGGUUUGGUCCACAUCUCUGAGCUGCGGCGAGAAGGCCGAGUGGCCAAUGUGGCCGACGUGGUCAGCAAAGGCCAAAGGGUGAAGGUCAAAGUCCUGUCUUUCACAGGGUCCAAGACCAGCCUCAGCAUGAAGGACGUGGAUCAAGAGACAGGUGAGGACCUGAACCCCAACAGGAGGAGGAACGUGGGCCCAGAUGGCGGCGAGGAGGUGACCAUGAGGAACCCAGACGGGCCGAGCAACCUCAACCUGGGUCACGCCCGUGAGCUGGAGCAGGACGACACGCUGGAGAGGAAGAGGCUCACCAAGAUCUCUGAUCCAGAAAAGUGGGAGAUCAAGCAGAUGAUAGCCGCCAAUGUUUUAUCCAAAGAAGAAUUCCCAGACUUUGACGAUGAGACUGGGAUUCUUCCCAAAGUUGAUGACGAGGAAGACGAAGACUUGGAAAUUGAGUUGGUUGAAGAGGAGCCGCCUUUUCUGAGAGGACACACCAAGCAGAGCAUGGACAUGAGUCCCGUCAAGAUCGUCAAGAAUCCAGAUGGCUCGCUGUCCCAGGCGGCCAUGAUGCAGAGUGCUCUCGCCAAAGAGAGGCGGGAGCUGAAGCAGGCGGCGCGCGAAGCCGAGAUGGACUCCAUCCCCAUGGGACUGAACAAACACUGGGUCGACCCGCUGCCAGACGCCGACGGCCGGCAGAUCGCAGCCAACAUGAGAGGCAUCGGCAUGAUGCCCAACGACAUUCCAGAGUGGAAGAAGCACGCCUUUGGAGGCAACAAGGCCUCAUACGGAAAGAAAACCCAGCUCUCCAUCCUGGAGCAGAGGGAGAGCUUGCCCAUCUACAAGCUGAAGGAGCAGCUCAUUCAGGCCGUGCAUGACAACCAGAUCCUCAUCGUGAUUGGGGAAACUGGUUCUGGUAAGACCACGCAGAUCACCCAGUAUCUGGCCGAGGCAGGAUACACCACACGAGGAAAGAUCGGCUGCACGCAGCCUCGCCGUGUAGCCGCCAUGUCUGUGGCCAAGCGAGUCUCUGAGGAGUACGGGUGCUGUCUGGGACAGGAGGUGGGCUACACUAUCAGGUUCGAGGACUGCACCAGCCCAGAGACGGUGAUCAAGUACAUGACAGACGGCAUGCUGCUCAGGGAGUGCUUGAUCGACUCUGAGCUGGGCCAGUACGCCAUCAUCAUGCUGGACGAAGCUCAUGAGAGGACCAUCCACACCGACGUCCUCUUUGGUCUGCUCAAGAAGACAGUCCAGAAGCGCACAGACAUGAAGCUUAUCGUCACCUCGGCCACGCUGGACGCUGUCAAGUUCUCCCAGUAUUUCUACGAGGCGCCCAUCUUCACCAUCCCAGGAAGAACGUAUCCAGUGGAAGUCCUCUACACCAAAGAACCUGAAACAGACUACCUGGAUGCCAGCCUCAUCACUGUCAUGCAGAUCCAUCUGACAGAACCUCCAGGCGACAUCCUGGUCUUCCUGACCGGACAGGAGGAGAUUGACACGGCCUGUGAGAUCCUCUACGAGCGCAUGAAGUCGCUCGGGCCCGACGUUCCAGAACUCAUCAUUCUUCCCGUCUAUUCGGCACUGCCCAGCGAGAUGCAGACCAGGAUCUUUGACCCGGCACCCCCAGGCAGCAGAAAGGUCGUCAUCGCCACAAACAUCGCAGAGACGUCUCUGACCAUCGAUGGCAUCUACUAUGUGGUGGACCCAGGCUUUGUCAAGCAGAAAGUCUACAACUCCAAGACGGGCAUCGACCAGCUGGUUGUGACGCCCAUCUCACAGGCUCAAGCCAAGCAGAGGGCGGGCCGAGCUGGGAGAACCGGUCCAGGGAAGUGCUACCGUCUCUACACGGAGCGGGCCUACAGGGAUGAGAUGUUGACCACCAACGUGCCCGAGAUCCAGAGGACCAACCUGGCCAGCACGGUGCUCUCACUGAAGGCCAUGGGCAUCAACGACCUCCUCUCCUUUGACUUCAUGGAUGCUCCUCCCAUGGAGACCUUGAUCACAGCCAUGGAGCAGCUCUACACCCUGGGAGCCCUGGAUGAUGAGGGCCUGCUCACACGUCUGGGCAGAAGGAUGGCAGAGUUCCCUUUGGAGCCCAUGCUGUGCAAGAUGUUAAUCAUGUCCGUGCAUCUGGGCUGCAGUGAGGAGAUGCUCACCAUCGUGUCCAUGCUGUCUGUGCAGAACGUCUUCUACAGGCCAAAGGACAAGCAGGCCCUGGCGGACCAGAAGAAGGCUAAGUUCCACCAGCCCGAAGGCGACCAUCUCACCCUGCUGGCCGUCUACAACUCCUGGAAGAACAACAAGUUCUCCAACCCCUGGUGCUAUGAGAAUUUUAUUCAGGCUCGCUCGCUGAGGAGAGCGCAGGACAUCCGAAAGCAGAUGCUGGGCAUCAUGGACAGACACAAGUUGGAUGUGGUGUCAUGUGGCAAAGCCACCGUGCGGGUUCAGAAGGCGAUCUGCAGUGGUUUCUUCCGCAAUGCAGCCAAGAAGGACCCUCAAGAGGGUUACAGAACCCUGAUAGACCAGCAGGUGGUCUACAUCCACCCCUCCAGCGCUUUGUUCAACCGCCAGCCUGAAUGGGUGGUCUACCACGAGCUGGUGCUGACCACCAAGGAGUAUAUGCGCGAGGUGACCACCAUCGACCCACGCUGGCUGGUGGAGUUUGCGCCCGCCUUCUUCAAGGUGUCCGACCCGACCCGCCUCAGCAAGCAGAAAAAGCAACAGCGCUUGGAGCCUCUGUACAACCGCUACGAGGAACCCAACGCCUGGAGGAUCUCGCGGGCCUUCAGACGGCGUUGAGGACUUUGGCCAUGUGGUCAAAAUUUUAUAAAAAAAACACAUUUUUUUGACAACUUUGUGAUUUAGUCCUCAGGUCGUAGAGUUUGUCUUCCACGUUGAGUUUGGCAAACAGUAUUUAUUACUUUUUUCUUGUAAAAGCUUUUACUGUUCUAGCCGUCAAUGAGAACACACAACCACCUUAUUUUAACUUUUUUUGUGUGUAAAUAGAAAUGUGUUGUACAGUACUUGCUAUCCAGUAUGAAAACGUCAUUAUUAAAUGCUAAAUGGUGUUAACCUU